CUAACAAAUGUGAGUCUUACAAGUUUAAAUGCAGGAGAUUUUGCCAAUUUUCCCAACUUGAAAUCGCUGGCACUGUACAAAUCACCUAAGCUUGAAAGCAUCAGAGAAAAUACUUUUCGUCAACUUAAAUAUUUAAACUUACUACAAAUUGAUAUUGCCCCCAAGUUGAAAACUAUAGAAGAUGGUGCAUUUGGCAACUUGCCAGAAUUUAAACAUAUGACAAUAGGAAGGACAGGCAUUACUACUGUUCCAAACUUGACCAUGAUUGAGCCGAAGGCCGGACUCCUGCAGAGGGUGUCUUUAACUCACAAUAAGAUUGAACAUCUGUAUGAGUCAAUGUUCUAUGGAAUGAACUUUUUGAUAUAUAAGUUAGAAUUAGAACACAACCAAAUCACUCGAAUUCCUGCCUACACCUUUGAAGGGCUCACUGUCAAAGAUCUGGAUCUUUCAAAUAAUCCCAUUGAGGGGCUGGUUGAGGAUUCAUUUGCUGGCAUUGAUGAGGACGAACUUGAUCUUAUUAAUCUGAGUAACACCAAAAUUGAAAUGCUGCCAACCAAGGGAUUGAAGAAAAUAAAGUCAUUGAACAUUGAAGACACACCUAGACUAAUGCAGUUCCCAUCCGUCUUUGUAUUUGAGGAGAUAGAAAAUGCUCAACUGCACUACUUUAGCCAUUGUUGUGCAUUUACUUACGAAACAGAAAGGAAUGCCCCAGACAGCUCAAAGUAUAACAAAACAGACGAGGUCAAAGGUUGCACUACCACCGCUGAACCACCAUAUUGGCCAACAACAAAUAAUGAAAGGACGAGAGCGAAGACUUCACCAUGGAUACGCGGUACCACUACUAUGGAACCAUUUGAUCCAUUAAAUCAUUUUGACCCAUCGGGUCGUAUCAGUUCAGACGCAGUACCGCUGGUUCAAACUGGACACGGUGUGGUGAUGCGCCGUAGAUCCAUUGGAAGUUCCACACACAUACCUGUGAAUUUUCCUUCGGAUCCUAUAGACGGUGACCGUUCAGCAUCCCACGCUCUGUCUUCACUUGUUUUUUCAUCGAAUGACUCUAUCGUAGGUCAACCUAACAGUCUCUCAGGUUCCUCGGGUUCCUUAGGUUUUGAUAUUACACCUAUCAAUCCAAAUACGACACACAACCAUAUCGGGAGCAAAUGCAAUGAAUUAGCUAAAAAAAACUACAGUCUAGUAACGUGCACUCCAGUGCCUAAUGCAUUCAACCCCUGUUCUGAUGUCAUGGGGUACAUUUUUCUUCGUGUACUUGUGUGGGGCGUUGCAUUGACUGCCCUCAUCGGUAACUUAGUAGUUGUCAUGGUGCUCCUGUCAAAUAGGAAUAAGAUGUCAGUACCAAAGUUUCUAAUGACAAAUUUGGCAUUUGCUGAUUUUUGUAUGGGGUUGUAUCUACUGAUGAUAGCCUCUGUGGACGCCCACACUAUUGGGGAAUACUACAACUAUGCUAUUAAUUGGCAAUUUGGUGCUGGUUGUCGAAUUGCCGGCUUCUUCUCACUCUUUUCCAGUGAGCUGUCUGUAUUCACCCUCUCGGUUAUGACCAUAGAGAGAUGGUACACAAUAAUAUAUGCCAUCAACCUUAACAAACGCAUUCGAUUGCAUCAUGCAAGUCGUAUCAUGAUUGCCGGCUGGCUGUUUGCCAUUCUCAUGGCAUCAUUUCCAUUAUUUGGGGUCAGUAGUUACGGAACAACCAGUAUCUGCUUGCCAUAUGACAACGGCACCAUUCCGAGCAUAGUGUACUUGACUCUUCUUCUUACAAUGAACGGCAUUGCGUUUGUGCUCAUAUGCGUGUGUUACAUCAUGAUGUACAUGACGGUACAUAGUCCAAAUACGAUAACCCACCGUAAAGAUAUGAAAGUUGCCAAGCGCAUGGCUGUCCUCGUUUUCACAGACUUUGCCUGCUGGGCUCCAAUUGCUUUCUUUGGAAUGACCGCUUUAUUUGGUAAACCUCUUCUCACAACAGAUGAAUCUAAGAUCCUCAUUGUUCUUUUCUAUCCGAUUAAUUCUUGCGCCAAUCCAUUUCUGUAUGCCAUCUUCACAAAGACGUUUCGCCGAGACUGUAUCCUCCUUCUUGCCCGCCAUGGUCUCUGCGAAAGAAAAGCUCUCAAAUACAAAGCAACAAUCAGCGGGUUUCGAUCAAUGUCACAGUCAGCGACAAUGCGUGAGCAGUUUGGUAAACAGUGGCAUCGUGAUUCGGCUGGAUCAGUUCUUACUCAACAUACCAGCACAAAUGACAACAGACCAUCUGUUGCAUUCUCUGAGCGUGAUUUUGCGCUUGACAGCCCAAAACCAACUCCACGCGCCACUCCUGUUACCUCCCCUGUUGUACCCGUAAAAGAAUUUACAGAGGCCAAUAAACCUGCAAAAUCAAAUUUAUACAGUAAACACUCGGAAGUAUCUCGCAAACUGAGUUCUGUGCCAGAGAAGGCGGUAGAUGAUAAGAAUUCACCUGACACAGACAAGAAUUCUCAAGGAAGAGAUUGUCGACCGAAUGGUAUUAUUGAAAAUGUAAAACUGAAAUCAGAUGAAAGAUCGGAAGACAUUCAAUCAAAUGUUAAUAACAACUACGAGAAUGUUGAAGUUGAAACUCAUCGAGAGAAUGAACAUAUGUAUGAUGAAAUUAAAGAGGACGACAUUGAAGAGGCUCCAGGAGCCACUGAAGUACCAAAGAUUAUGGUGGUAUGCAAUAUCGAGGACCGGGAGACAGUCUUGUAAACUAAUUGAAGAGAUGGUCUUUCUAUGAAGUCAUGACAGUCUAAACCAAAACAUUAUGAAAUUCUAUUAACGACUUUGGUGGAUGUUCAAAAUUAAUAAACACCUUCUAAAUAGAGGAAUUUAUAAUGGUUUUUAAAAGUAAAUUUUCAGGGGAAUUGAAAACAUGCUGUUUCUUGUUUGAUUAACCAAAAUAAGCAUUAUUUGUUUUGUGCAGAUGACUUUAGAGACAAAGAAACCAUGUAAGUGUAAGAGGGCAGUGUAUAUAAUUUGUGAAAAUAAUUUCCAAAGAAAGUUUUAAGUGCCCGACGAACACAUGCCUGUUAGUAGGAUGUAUCUGUUUAAGACGUAGCAGUGGUAAAUUAAUUUGAAUGUAAAAUCUUCGUUGAGACUUAUGCCAGGGACUCACUGCGUUGGGGGUAAUACGCCCCUCGCACGGCGAUCUAACUCCGCUCCCUGUGAGCGAUAGACGACCCAACGCCGUCUGCUGAUUAUCAGUAGCGGUCUGAACAGAUUAAAAAUGAACCAUUGCGUUCACGUUGUCGUAGAAUCGUGUCGGCCAACGACCGUCGUGUGGAGUGAGUGCCCGGCUUUACUGCGGAUGAAUGACUUAAUGGCAUUGUUUUUUCUUUGUGGAAGUGUGUGGUGCAGCGGUACAGCUGUGGUCUUCCAACAAAAACUUGUGGAGUGUGAAUCUCUGCUGGUUGUCUACUGCAGCAUGGCCAGGAAUACAAAAUCAAUUCAAUUAAAUGUCGGUGCUUCAGCGAUGGGAUACAAUCAGCAAUACGGCAUACAUACAACAAAUUAUGCACGACUUACAAUAUAGAAAGAUACUGUACAUAUUGGUCGAAAAUGUGAGAAUUGCUAAGAAUGUUGUCUUGCGGGUUAGUCAUUUGAAUAAUACAGUUAUAUUUGCAUAUCCCUGGCCAUGUUUUGAUUGGUCAGUUGUUAAGCUUGAUUGACCUGGAAAGGUCAAAUAGGCCUUAUGCACAGUUUGCCUAAUGAAAUUCUUACUGCAAAAUAUCAUUUUCGUAUGCGAGUUAAAUAUGUGGUUUCAGGUUUGCCAUACACUGAACAUAUCACAAUGUUUAGUCUCUACCACAUAGUGUUUUAGUAAUAAUUUGCAUAAAUCAAAGGCCCAGUAAAAUUUCCUUAUAAGGAAUUACAAUACUUGAAAAUAUGUUGAAAAACCAAAUACUGUAUAAUAAAUUGUAUAUUAUGAACAAAGUUAAGAUCUUUGAUGGCUUAAGGUAUCUUAAUCAGUUGUUGUAAACAUGUCAUUAAAAUUGGUCAUUAAGAUGUUUAAUAAGCAGCAAUAUAGUGACAAAAAAAUAUUCCUUUUAUAACAAGUUUUUAUUCAUGAAGUGAUGCAGAUUUUCAUUGAAUUGUUUAAACAAUUAUUGUGUACAUUUUAAGAAAUUUAAAGAGACAUAAGUGGAAUUACCAAUCCAAUAUGUGAACUUUCAAUAAAUUUAGUAUAAAUAAUUUUUAAGCUGUGCUGAAUUUGUUUACAAUUUCCUUGAAAGUUCCAAUGUAGCACCAUACUUCGGGGGUUGAGGAAUAAUUGAAUCAAUUGGUGGAUUCCUUGAUAUAUAACUAAAUUGUCAUUCGUCCUUAAAACACAUUUUCAAAGCAUAAAAAUCUGGUGUUUUUAUUACAGUACAGUAUUAUCGUUUCUAAAACUAAGAAACCAUCUUUGUGCCAGUUAUGUAAAAAACAAACAUCACUUAUGUCUGUAUACUUUGCAUGCCUAUAUAUAUAAACACUAGUGAUCAUUUGGUAUGUAAAAAUUAGAGGAUAGGUUUGUAAUAUACCAUAGAUGAUACAUGUCAGUUUCAAACAUUCCUCCCAUCCUAAAAUAAAAUGUGCUAGAUUUAUAUCGAGAUUUAUUAAAGAAUCGUGAGAAGGUUUAAUAGUAGAUUUGAUAUAUCUAUUUGAAAUUGUGUUUAUAAAAAGUGAAACAAAAAUCAAUUUCAAGUUGAUGGCUAAAUAAUAAUCAUCUACUUUUAACCAAUAACAGUGUAACUAAAUCGUAAAUAAGCGUUGAAGUUUCACAUAAAUCUGGAGUUGUCGAUACUUAUUAGAGGGUUUAUAAUGCAUGCAUAUAAGUUAUUGCUUCAUUGUACUUAGGAUCAAAUCAGAGGUGGUCAGAAAUUUUCCGACAGGGGUCCGAGCCAGGGGGCCUGAGCCAGGGGGUCAAAUAGGGCCUCAGUCUGGGUCGCGGAAUAUGUGGGGAGUUUUUAUGGCUUAGUAUGGGCCAAAAUUGUGCUCUUAUACGAAAAUGUUAAGAAUUGACAUUAAAAAUAAUUUUUUUUUUAUGGGUUCGAUGACCUUGAUGUGACGUCGGACAACAGGGGUCCAGUCAUGUCCGACGGGUUAAUUCUCCCUCCUGGUGCCACCACUAGGUUAAAUUUGGAGAAUAAUGUACAAAUGCGUUGAAUUUGUAAUGGAUCUGCCCACUUUGAUUUUGAAAAGGAGAUUAAUAUUCAUCAUUAAUGUACUGUACAUAUUAACAUAUGGUGGUUAAUAUUACCAUAUUCUUUACUAUAUUACUAAUGGUAAUAAAUAUGUUUAUUGUACAAAAGAAUGUUUAGUCUCUAUUGAACAACAACAUUUAUAUAUUGGACACAACCAACCUUGCUUUUAUGAAAUGUACAGUAAAGUAUCAUGAUUUAUAUAAUACUAUUUUAAUGAGAGAAGUCAUGUAAUUGGCGAUAAGAUGUUAUAUAAUCAAUUGAUUGUAUAAAGGGCUAUUUUGAAAAUUGACAAAAUUUAUUUAAAUAGCUGUUAUUUUUGCAAGACUAUCCCACCAAAUGUUAUGUAUAUAAAAUUCAUAUAUCUAUAUAAAAAUAUAUCUAUAUAUAUAUAAAUAUAUGCCAUCAAUCAGCAUUGCUCAUGGUGUAAUUGCUUGUAUUUAAAUCAUUAAAUAAAGAUGUUUGUAUAAAAAAGCUGCAAGUGAUGUUACAUAUGGUAGAUAGAUGUUUUUGUAACUUUGUCAUAAAGUAUUGUCAUUUUGUAUUGUGUUCUUAUAAAGUUUAAAUGCAGGGGUGGAUUUAGAGAAGGGCGGGGGCCAGCAACAGCCCCCACCCCCCUUUUGGAAAUAACAAAAAAUUUGCUGGGAGCAUGCCCCAGAUCCGCGAUGUUAAUGUUGUCUCAAUCAGCCCAACUUUUGGACGUCUCUGUAUCCGCCCCUGAUGUGUAUGUUUGUUGAGCCUACACUUACAGUGGUGCUAACAGGUAUGUGCUUGUUUCCCCCUAGUAAUAUGGGUUGCAUAUGGUUCUCAAUUUUAUCUUCUAUGAAAGUUAAUUUUUCUCCUACCCUGUUAAAUAAUACACACCUCCCUAGUGUAGGGGUUUAGUUAUUGUUCCAUAUUAACACUACACACAGUUCCAAUGCAGGGGUUACAUUAUUAUAUAGGACCCCUUCAUUCUUUAUCACAAUUAUAUUUGUGCAUUUUUUAUUACAUAAUUAAUUUCUAUGUAAUUUGGAUGAAACAUUUUGUUUGAAAACAAAAAUAAUUAUGAAUAAACAUAUUUACAUGUGAAAUUAUUGCAUUGGUCUUGUACUUCAUUGACAGACGGUUAAUUUUAGCCCACAUUUGCAAAUUAAUAUGCUAGUUAUAGGUGUUGCUUGUUGAUAAAAAUCAAUUAAAAAUUCAAAUGGAUGAUGGAUAGGAAACUACAGAUGAUGGUGACGUGCGUACAAGUGUGUCUUGUGGGAAAACAGAAGACUUAACACCCUAACACAGACAGACCAAUCCCCCAGGCCACAAGUCAUACCAAACAUUUUUUUAAAUUCCUGUUUAAUUCUUAGGUUGUUAAACUUUUUGGAACGGCUGCCAAAUUGGAUCCGACACGAGAUUGUCAUGCCUAGACUAUACCUAAGUGGCUGCACUGCCCUCUGAACAUUAACAGACACUGUCAGAGAGCACUGCCACUGUAAGGUUUAAUAUGAACAUUUGAAUGUACACAACAGUGUUAUACAUAACUAAACAGUGAUAAAACAUGAAGUAAUCUUGUAAUAGUUUUUCUUUAUUGAGUGAGACAGUAGCCACAGACAGAAUAAAAUAAUACAGAAAGAAUGUUUAUAUCCCAUUACAAUGUAAACACAUUUGUAUCAAUAUUUCCUGAAUUGAUCAAUAUAAAAAAAAAGUAUAACAGAUGUCUAGAAAUGGCACUCGGACAGUAGAAAUACUUUUUCAAGCAGUGUUCCCAGACGAAAUUAUGACAUUUGACAUAAGAUAUCCAUAAGUUACAUAAUUGCAGUGGCGGCAUUUCCGCAUAAAGGCUCCACACCUAACUCAGGCCCAACAUGGCUGGGAAUGGGGUGGGGUCUAAUGUUAUCAGACAGGGGUAUUAUAGGGUUCCAUGACAUGGGUCCUGUUCCCCUGGGCACCCAAAGGUCUGUAGGCAAUGCAUACUUGACUAGUACCAACAUGUGUGAAUAAUUUAUGUUAUUGAUGGGCUAAAAAAUAAUAUACACUUCCAAAAAAAAAAAAAAAAAAAAAAAAAAAAAA